CAAGCUAAAAUUCUGUGAGCAGUGUCAAAUUACAUCACAGAAAGACAUAAAAGUACCUUCAGAAGUAUGAACCAACGCGCUCGUGUUUCUGAGAUGUCACUGGUUGGAGGUAAAGCAACGUUGAGGUGUUAAACGCGCGGACUUUAUCUUGCAAAGUGGAAAGUGCAAUAUCCUUUAGAAUGGAAAAGAAAGCCAAGAUGAUUUCAAGCUCCAAAAUAACUUCUGUGUUCUGUAACAUCAAGUUCUUUGUUCUGUGCCAUGGCCUACUGCAGUUGUCCCAGCUCCUCUACAGUGCAUACCUCAAGAGCAGCAUCACCACCAUCGAGAGACGCUUUGGCCUCAGCAGUUCCUCCUCAGGCAUCAUUUCCUCCCUGCACGAGGUGGGGAACACGGUGCUGAUUGUGUUCGUGAGCUACUUCGGGAGUCGGGUUCACCGGCCACGCCUCAUCGGGCUGGGAGGCCUGCUCAUGUCCGUCAGCGCCAUCAUCCUCACCCUACCUCAGUUCCUGUCGCAGCCCUAUGUCUUCUACUCCACCUUAUUGGACAACCCUGAUGUGUGCGACCUCAGACGAAACUCCUCAGCGGCGGACAGCUGCGGGGAGGAGGAUUCCCGCCAGCUCACCGACACCAGCAACCUGUGGCUACUGAUGGCCACCGCCCAGCUGCUGUUCGGGGUGGGCUCCGUGCCCAUCCAGCCGUUCGGCAUCUCCUACGUGGACGAUUUCGCGGAGGCGGGAAACUCUCCUCUUUACAUCGCCAUCCUCUUCUCGGUCUCUGUGUUUGGGCCCGCCUUCGGAUAUCUGUUGGGAUCUGUGAUGCUGCGGAUCUACGUGGACGUGGGCAGAACUGACCCAGCCAGCGUUCUGGAGCUGAGCCCCACUGAUCCGCGCUGGGUCGGGGCCUGGUGGAUGGGUCUCCUGGUCUCCUCUGGCUGUCUGGCUCUCACCUCUAUCCCCUACUUUUUCUUCCCCCGGGAAAUGCAACGGGAGUUGCAUGAGACUGAAGCUGAAUCCGAUACUUUGAAAGAAGACCCAAAGAAGCCUGCAGUAUCUUUGUUUGACUUUCUUAAGAUGUUCCCCCGGCUGUUUGUGAGGCUGUUGCUAAGUCCGCUCUUCUUGCUGCUGGUUCUGGCCCAGUGCUGCUUCUCCUCGGUGAUUGCCGGGUUGUCCACCUUCCUCAACAAGUUCCUGGAGCGACAGUACAGCACCUCCGCCGCUCACGCCAGCUUGCUCAUUGGGGCAAUAAACCUGCCAGCGGCUGCCGUGGGCAUGCUCGUAGGCGGGGUGAUCAUGAAGCGGGCCAGCCUCUCCCUGAAGACCAUCCCCAGGUUCUCCGUGGCUGUGCUGUUUGUCUCCAUCCUGCUGUGCAUCCCUCUCUUUUUCAUGGGCUGUUCCACACAGAAGAUUGCCGGGGUCAAUGUCCCCUACAGGGAUCCUUCAACCAUCGACAGAUCCUUGUCCACAUGCAACUCCAACUGCUCCUGUCUUAAGAGCGCCUUCAACCCGGUAUGUGGUUCGGACAACAUGGAAUACAUCUCGCCCUGUCAUGCAGGCUGCACCAGCUUCUCAAUGGACCCAGAGAAAGCAAAGAGAGUCCAAUUCUACACCAACUGCAGCUGUGUCCUGGACCGGGACGUCCCGGGGAGUGCCCGCCCUGGCUCAUGUGAAAACAGUUGCCCGCACUUCCUCCUGCCUGUCAUUUUCAUCAUCUCCCUCGCUGGGUUCAUUGCCUGCCUGUCCCACAACCCCAUCUACAUGAUGGUACUAAGAACUGUCCCUCAUGAAGAAAAGUCUUUUGCUAUAGGAGUUCAGUUUUUGCUCAUGAGGGUGCUGGCCUGGUUGCCGGCCCCGGCUGUGUUUGGGAUGGCCAUUGACUCCACGUGCAUGUGGUGGAAGCGCCUCUGCGGCAACAGGCUGGGCUCCUGCGGUUACUACGACAACAACCUCCUUAGAAACAGGUACCUUGGCCUCCAGGUGGGCUGCAAAGCCAUGGGCAUCUUCCUCCUGGCCUUGGUGGGCUGGAAGGUGCAGCGGACCGAAGAGUACUGCCUGGAGAAGAAGCCAGAGGGUCCAGUGUGAAGAGCCUCCUCCAGCAGCUCUUCAGACUCAGACCCCCUGUGACUUUUUUUGCAGUGUGAUUCGGCCCCUUUCAGAGCCCAUCCUGCAUCAGGAGAGAUGGGAAGACCCGUCCGUGCGAGACUGGCUGUCACAUGACUGCUCAAGUCUAGAGAGCCUCAAAAGGGAGGCUCCCCACUGAGCCCAGUGGCCUAAACUCGUGUCCUUACAGGCGGGUUUUUCCACAAAUGGUUGAAGAACUGCAUUUCAACUACUGAGGGUCUGAAAUAUUUAGCAAGCAAUUCAUUUGGGCCUUUUCAUUUUGUACUGUCACUGUAGGCCAUCCCUGACGCUCAGGAAUUGGCUGCUACUUAGAACAACUAAGCGCUUUGUACUGGCAAAAUAUUUACAUUUUUUUUAUUCUCACAGCAACUUCCUGAUCCCUUGGGCUGAGUAAAAAUGGCUCACAACAAAGCAUUCCAGUCACUGGCUGUAAGCUCCUUACCCACAUAGCUGGUGUACUUGAUGCAGAAUUUCCUAUUUUACACAGUUAAACCUGUGGAUUAGGAUAAAUGCGUAUACACAGGGUAACAUUUCCCAUGCAGUAUGUAAGGUGUGCAGGAGCUGCAUUUAACAACUUACAUAAUGUUUAAAAUGUAUUACAAUGAUUGUUAUACCUGGCCAUUUUGGCAUUUAUUGGAAAAAAAAACUGUUGUUUUGAAAAGGUUAAUAUUCCUAAAAUACUACACUCCAAGCCAAUACAGUGCCCAUUGGAAGGAUUCGUUAUAAUUGAUUGAUGUGUUCGCAAUCACAUAUAUAGAUUGUCAGUAGAUGUUCGAAGCUCAAAUAGUGAAUGGCAUUGCAAAAUGUUUACUGUAUUACCUGGUGGAAGGGGUUGUUUGAUUGGAAAUAGUCUGCCUUUUCUAGUUGUGAAAGUCAAUGUUCAUUUUAAUCAAGCUCAAUAUUUACAUUUUCAGAGGAUUUUACUUAAAAAGUUACUGUUAAACACACAAGUGCCUAACAUGCAAUAUUUAACAUAUUUUGUAUUUAUAUGUUUCUAAUUUGUGAAAAACUUUUUUGUAAACCAAUAACAGAACAGUGUCACCCAGUGUUGUAGCUAUUCAUAUUUUGUUUGUAGGAUCUUAAAAAAUCUUUGAAUGGGAUCAUUACAGACAUGAAGUGAAAGAGGUUACAGAUAUAAUCUAUGAUAAUUUAAAAUGUUACUUAAAAGCAAUAGAUUUGAGUGAUUAUUACAUAUUGAUGUUUUGUUUUCUGAUAUAAUAAAGGUAAAGAAAAUUAAA